GCAGAACGGCAGUCCUGAAUGCGAACUCAUUCUUUACGGUUGCCGAUGCCGAGUAUCCUCUCCCUUGGCCUGUGGUGCAAUUCUAUGAGGAAGUGAAGUUGCCUGAAUCUGGUUUGCAACCAUUGCUUUAUGCCGAUGUUACGGAUGUUACUUGCUACCACAGACGUGGGGUUCGUGCUUAUCUAUAUUGACACCGAGAAUAACUUAUGUUCCAACACCGUCACAUUUCCAAGAGUGUUAGUCAUGAUUAUUUGGUCUUGUGCAUACGAACAAGGAGUGACCAAGUCCGCUUUGGAAAUCGGAUAUGGGCGCGAUGUGAGCGAAAUCCGGGAUCCAUCGAAGGCGGGCCACUUCGAUUGUCAGUGAUGCCAGCCCCUGCCAUGGAUACGAUCAAAUUUUCCUUUGAGCGCUCCCGACUCAAAGGAGAGAACGAUGUAGCGAUCAUGGAGUUGGCAUUUGACAGCCUGCAAGUGAUACACGUGGCGGAACUCCUUCACAUUAUUCACAUAGUAUCUCCUGAUUAUCGGCUCGGGUCUCAUAACUGUUGGUGGUUUGCGGCUGUCGCCAUCGGUUCACUCCAAGUAUUUGGGAACGAUUGGACUAUACAGCCAAGUCGUGAUUGGAUCAAGUCCGCUGUCAAAGUCCUGGGAAGAAACACUGAAGAGUCAACUCAGAGAGUGCUAAGCCUAUUCGUGGAGAAAUGGAAUAUUGCAAGCGUGGUCGAUAUCACCCCCCUCACCGAUGACAGGACAUGGCUGGAAAACCGCUCCCGCCGACGUCAAGUUUAGUGUUCUUUUCGAAUGAUCUGACUUUUCGUGUUAUUGCCUUACACAUCAUGCAUCAUGCGGUUUUUACUCUUAGAUCCGGCACUUCACUGCCAACGCUGGAACCCCCUACAUGCAGACGCAUGCCCCAGAACCCACCCAUUACCCGAACCCGGUGACAGAUGUCGUCCACGAAAGCCCGGCUUCUUCAAAUCUUCCUGAGAUUCCGGGCACAGCUACUCAGCCAUCAAAUGCUCACCCCGGCCACCAUCCGAUGUCGCAUCAACGAGUGAGUGCCUUUAUUGACACGGGAAAAAAAAAG